UCAUUACGUGUAAACAUUUGCGUUUUCAUAUAUAUUUCGGAAUCAGAGUGAGGAUUAAUUGUGCUCUGUCGCAAUGUCGGUACCUCAGAUCAUACCCGGGCAAUUUGAUGACGCAGAGGAAUCAGACAGUGAGUCCGAACUUUGUCACAUACCUGACAAAAAGUCGGCAUUAGAGGUCCAGUUCAGUGGAGUGAAUUUGCACGUACAGCCACGGAGUAAGAACGAUGAUGACGAGGAGGAGGACGAGGACGAAGACGACGAUGAAGACGUUGACUGGGAUUGGAAUGAGGCAGGCGGAGGAAACAUUACGAAGCGCUACACAGCAAUGAGGACGGGAAAUAACCAGCAGGCAAAUAGGCAGAAUCCAAAAAAUAAAUCUCUAAAGAUGUCCACCCCCUCAGACAAGGUUCUCAGGAAGUUUGAACACAAGAUUAACCUUGAUAAACUGAACUAUGCAGACGCAGUGAUCAACAAAGUGACUCUGAUGCAGAAGCAGAGAGAAGCAGACACGUAUCGAGUGAAGGACAAGUCAGACAGAGCAACCGUAGAGCAGGUUUUGGACCCUAGAACUCGCAUGAUUCUUUUCAAAAUGCUCAGCAGAGGAGUUAUCUCAGAGAUCAACGGCUGCAUCAGCACAGGCAAAGAGGCCAACGUUUAUCAUGCAUCCACUGCCAAUGGAGAAAGUCGAGCAAUUAAAAUAUACAAGACAUCCAUCCUUUUGUUCAAAGACAGGGAUAAAUAUGUUAGUGGGGAGUUCAGGUUCCGCCAUGGCUACUGCAAAGGUAACCCUCGCAAGAUGGUGCGUACCUGGGCAGAGAAGGAAAUGAGAAACUUGAUCAGGCUUCAGACUGCAAAGAUUCCCAGUCCAGAGCCAAUCAUGCUGCGGAGCCAUGUUCUUGUCAUGGGCUUUAUUGGCAUAAAUGACAUGCCUGCUCCUCUUUUGAAGAACGCUGCUCUGUCUGAAUCCAAAGCAAGAGAGCUAUACCUGCAGGUCAUCCAGAACAUGCGCGUCAUGUAUCAGGAGGCCCGUCUGGUCCAUGCUGACCUCAGUGAGUUUAACAUGCUGUACCAUAAUGGAGAUGCAUACAUCAUAGAUGUGUCCCAGUCUGUGGAGCAUGAUCACCCUCAUGCCCUGGAGUUCCUCCGUAAAGACUGCAGCAAUGUCAAUGACUUUUUCUUCAAACACAACGUUGCAGUGAUGACAGUUCGUGAGCUGUUUGAGUUUGUCACGGACCCCUCCAUCACAAACGAAAACAUCAACCAGUACUUGGAAAAGGCAAUGGAGGUCGCCUCUGAAAGGACAGCAGAAGAGCGAUCCAAUCAGGACAAAGUAGAUGAGGAGGUUUUCAAGAGGGCCUUUAUUCCACGCACACUGACUGAUGUCAGCCAUUACGAACGAGAUGUAGACGUUAUGAAGCAAAUGGCAGAUGAGUCCUCAGAGAGCACGCAGAAUGACAAUAUCCUGUACCAGACGGUAACCGGCCUUAAGAAGGAUCUCUCAGGCGUGCAGAAGGUACCUGCAUUACUAGAGGACCGUGCCGCGGAGGGUAGCUCAAGCUCUGAGGAGGAGGAAGAUGAGGAAGGUGUGGAGUCUGAGGAGGAUGACACAACUGAAGGGUGCAACAGUGAGGCCCCGCCACUGGACAAAAAGGAAAGAAAAAAAUUGGUAAAAGAAGCUCAGAGAGAAAAAAGAAAAAACAAAGUUCCCAAGCAUGUAAAAAAGCGCAAGGAGAAAGUUUCCAAGAUGAAGAAGGGAAGAUGAACAGAGGAGAUUUUGUCUGGAUUCCCAUGGCUCUCAUACUCGCGGUCUCAUGUACACUACAUCAUUGACGGGAGGGACAUAGAAGCACCGUGAAAUGCCUAUUUGGAUGCCAUGUGCAGCCCUCCUUCUUCUGAGA